AUGCAGAGCUUUUCCUCCGAUUGCAGGUUAAGCUCUUAUGUGGGUGUAGGUACUGCCAAGGAGCGCAGUGAUGUCAGACAUCACAUCAUCGCUCUGUGGGACGUCCUCCUCAGCAGGUCAGCCUUAUCUCUGAGCGACAUCGGAGAGAUUAAGAAGAAAAAAACUAAAUUGGGAUGUGGGCAUGGUUUUGGUAGGCGUGGUUUUAGUGAGGGGUGAGCAGCAUUUCAUCCUUGGACCAGGUAGCACAAUGUCUUGGGCCGUCCCUGGGUUAAUGCUCGGCAGGAGCUAAGAGAAUAUUUAUAAAAGUGUCAGUCACCAUGGAAACCAAUUAAUUUUUUCGCAGAUUCCAUGGUUUUAAAGGUUCAUGUUCAAAACUUUGCACCACUUUUCUACUAAUGAUGCUUCUGUACAUCUCCAAUUGAGUAUUAAGGCGGUACUUUAAAUAGCCAACCAUUCUUUUCAAUACUAUCAUGCAAACUAUAUCAAUACAACUAAAGGUUAUUUAUUUUUGUGUAUUAUACAGACCCCUAUUUAUUUAACUGUGUUUAGAUGGGGCCAUAGCAGCAGUUCUGUAGUGUGAUUAUUCAAUCUAGAGUCCAUUCUAGAUUCUCUUUGGAAGUCAAAGGGUUAAUUCUUUUCCAAGUCUCCAUACACCAGGGCAGUCCUAGCAAUGCAAUUAUGUGAAGUGCUCAGUGUUUGACGAGUUAAUCUGCCUGGGCUCAGUAAAUGCUUUACGAGCUCUCCUGUAAUCCUGGGUGUUGGGAGAGCAGUUGGUAAACCUGGUGUGCAGUAGGACCGCGAAGGAGCCAGGAGAGCUGCAGACAUACAAUGCACCAACCCUGCAGGGAGGGAGGUGAGUUCUGUGCAAAGGAGAAGGACUCUGGGGGAGUAAGGAGGAGGGGGGCAUCUGGCUAACAGAGGUGAGGGGGCAGUGCAACAGCAUGGGGGGUGGUGGGGGUCAAGAAGAGUGAGCUAUUAGUCUGUAAUUGUGAGGAAGAGGGACCAGCAGGGAGAGAGCCCCAAUGUGCUGCUGGAGUCCAGCCACGCACCUGCUCCAUCAUUUUGCAGAGAGGGGAGAGGGUUCUCUGGUCCCUAAAAAGAUAACGUCACCCCUGCCAUAGAGGAGAUGAGGAGGAAAACCUGCACUCUGCAGUACAUCACUCCAUCACAGAACACGACUUGUUUCAGAUCAUUAUAGAUCCCAUCCCUGGAUCUCUAUCCUACACAAUGCUCACUUUUUUAGAUCAAUGGGGUCAAACCAAAAUCCCCAAACACAUCACUAGAACCUGUGUGUUGGCUGCUUGAUCAAUGCUGUGUACUGCUGGCUGUACAUCAUUAUAACACUGCAGUCUCUAAAAUACACAGAGAAUAUAUUUCAGGGAGAUUCCCCCUCUGGGACCAGCACCAUCACCACCUUGUCAUUGAGUAUCCAGCAGCACUGGGCAUUUCGAGGGUAUCACUGCCAUGGGUGUGGAGUGUAGCAUGUAAAGAGACUUACAUCCAUCUACUUACUCCAUCACCCAGCUGGAUUCCUCCCAAAGCUGACAUUCCUUGA